AUGACGUCGUCAGUCGGAAGGAAUAGGGGAAGUGAGAGAGUAUGGCGAACGGCGAUUCAAAGUAUUAAGAGUCGAAGAAUCGAAGAAUCGAAGAAUCGAAGAAUCGAAGAAUCGAAUAAUCGAAGAAUCGAAGAAUCGAAGAAUCGAAGAAUCGAAGAAUCGAAGAAUCGAAGAAUCGAAGAAUCGAAGAAUCGAAAAAUCGAAGAAUCGAAGAAUCGAAGAAUCGAAGAAUCGAAGAAUCGAAGAAUCGAAAAAUCGAAAAAUCGAAGAAUCGAAGAAUCGAAGAAUCGAAGAAUCGAAAAAUCGAAGAAUCGAAGAAUCGAAGAAUCGAAGAAUCGAAGAAUCGAAGAAUCGAAGAAUCGAAGAAUCGAAGAAUCGAAGAAUCGAAGAAUCGAAGAAUCGAAGAAUCGAAGAAUCGAAGAAUCGAAGAAUCGAAGAAUCGAAGAAUCGAAAAAUCGAAAAAUCGAAGAAUCGAAGAAUCGAAGAAUCGAAGAAUCGAAGAAUCGAAGAAUCGAAGAAUCGAAGGAUACUUUGUUUCAGAAUUCUCAAGAAAAAGAUCCUUCUAGAAGCCAGGAACUAAAGUCUGAAGCGUCAUCUUUCUAUGAAAAAUAG